ACAUCAUUGUUCUCAUCGCUUCAAUAGCAGUUGUUUCUGCAAAAACUCAGGGUAACAUUUUUGCAACAUCAGCACUGAGAAGUCUUCGUUUCCUACAGAUCCUUCGUAUGGUGCGCAUGGACCGAAGAGGAGGCACUUGGAAAUUAUUAGGUUCAGUAGUUUAUGCACAUAGCAAGGAAUUAAUCACAGCCUGGUACAUCGGAUUUUUAGUACUCAUCUUUUCAUCUUUCCUGGUUUAUCUGGUGGAAAAAGAUGCAAAUAACCAAUUCUCCACAUAUGCAGAUGCUCUCUGGUGGGGCACAAUCACAUUGACCACCAUUGGCUACGGAGACAAAACUCCUCUUACCUGGCUCGGAAGGUUGCUUUCUGCAGGAUUUGCUCUACUUGGCAUUUCUUUCUUUGCACUACCUGCUGGCAUCCUUGGCUCAGGAUUCGCGUUAAAAGUGCAGGAACAGCAUCGUCAGAAACACUUUGAGAAAAGGAGGAAUCCAGCUGCCAGCCUAAUUCAGUGUGUAUGGCGUAGUUAUGCGGCUGAUGAGAAAUCGGUUUCCAUUGCUACCUGGAAGCCUCAUUUGAAGGCCUUGCAUACCUGCAGCCCUACAAAAAAAGAACAAGGGGAAGCUUCUAGCAGUCAAAAGCUAAGUUUCAAGGAGCGGGUCCGGAUGGCCAGCCCGCGAGGUCAGAGCAUCAAGAACAGGCAGUCUUCGGUCGGAGACCGCCGCUCACCAAGUGCCGACAUUGCCACUGAGGGCAGCCCAACCAAAGUGCAGAAGAGCUGGAGCUUCAACGACCGAACCCGCUUCAGGCCCUCGCUGCGGCUGAAGAGCUCCCAGCCCAAACCCGUGGUCGACGCUGACACCAGUCUUGGAACAGACGAUGUUUACGAUGAUAAAGGGUGCCAGUGUGAUGUGUCAGUAGAAGAUCUCACCCCUGCUCUUAAAACUGUCAUCAGAGCAAUCAG